AUGGUGGAACAUUCCACCCAUAUUCGAGACGUACUCCUUUACGAGUUCGAAUCUGGCCACCCCGUUACUGAAGCCCAUCGAAACUUAAGUCAAGUAUUCGGCACUGAAGCCCAUUCUGAGCGGUCUGUGCGCGCCUGGUUCCAGCGCUUCAAAGCCGGAAACAAGAGACUCGAAGAUGAUCCUCGCUCUGGUCGACCGACUGCAAAAUCGUUCGACGAACUGAAGAAUCUGGUGGAGCAGCAUCCAUAUGAAGGUGUGCGGUAUUUUGCUGCCAGUCUUGGCUGUUCGGUGUCCACCGUGAGCAAUGGACUGCGAUCUCUCGGAAUGGUGAAAAAGCUCGGUCAGUGGCUCUCACAUGCAUUGAGCGAUGGCAACCGCCAAAGAGGCCUGGACAUCUGCACUCAGCUGCUCUCCAGAAGCCGCAUAAUCGACUGGCUGGACACCAUUGUCACUGGAGAUGAAAAAUGGAUCAUCUGCAUCAACCACAGCCGCAAACGUGCGUGGUGGGCUGGCGAUGAAAUGCCGGAUCUACAGUUUCGAACUGCUGCCGGACAACACGACGGUUACUGCCGAGGUCUACUGCGCUCAACUGCAAAGACUGGCCGACAAGAUCCGCAAAGAGCACCCGAAGCUCGACAACGUUCGCCUGCUGCAAACGCGCCCUCAUAA